AUGCCAUGCACAAUCGGUUCAUCUGAUUGCGUCAACCUGUACGAGACGUAUAGCGCUUUGCUCUCCACUGCGUUGCCUGGAAUGACGAAGGGAUUGACCUUUUCAGCGCCACCUUGUGCGACUGGUGCCAACCGAACUUUCUCAUUCUCUUCGGCAAGGUGUGAUCAAGGCUAUGUAGGAAUACGGGCAUCGUCGGUCCAGCUUCUCUAUUGGCCAGUCCGGACUGUUGAGAAUUUUGACUACUUCUGCAACCACCACUCCAUCACGGCUCCAGUGUCACCACAAACUUUACCUGGAACUCCUACUGGCUCUGGACCAAACACUUUCGUGACUGGCAGUUUGACCAUCACAUCUCCGACUAUAGCGCUGUCGUUUAGUGCACUAAGUCGUUAUGACGAUUGUGGUACAACUAUCGAUCAUACUAUCAUCACCCUCCUCCCUGAACAACUGACAAGCGUUCGAGGAGCUCGUGCUCUAUUUGAUUGGCAACCCUUCAACUACGGAGACUUGAACUGGAUGUGUCUCACGCCAGACAAGAGUACAUACACUCUUCAGAAUGUGAUGGGGCCCGACUGCUAUCAAAAUGUGCCAGCGCAAGCUUAUUGGUCAGACGCGGUUCGCUUUGAUCGGGCUACGAAUGGCCAAUAUGAGAACUCAAAGGAGCAAAGGGCUUGGACCAUGAUGAACGACUACCAACCGCAUAUCAUCCCUCCAAUGUCUUUGUGGUCCGAGACUAUGCAGAGUAUAUGGGGCCGGUCGGCGAGGUGGGAUAUCGAUGGGACCUGGGAUCCACCCAUCGCUCUUCAGCAGGAGGCUUCGGUUGCGAAGCCGACUCUUCCAUCGACCGCCUCCGCCACUCCGACGACUUUUACGUACCUCACUCAUCCAGCAACAGUAUCUCCAACCCCUGCGAAGCUUGGCGAUACUUUGCCUUCGCCUACUGAAGCUCCGCAACCACAUCGAGAAUCGACAAGCGCAGUUCCCAGUGAAGUAGUACCUUCAUCAGCGACGAAUGUACAUGGAACCGGGUAUGCUGCAUCAUCACCGCCGGAGGAGACCGUCGUUCCGGAAGAAGAGCCUCGAAAUUCAUCGGGAGUGCAUCAAGGCGCAGCAGAAGAGCCCGAAAAAUCACCGCAAGAAACGGUGGUUCCAGAAGCUGUGCCUUCAGGUCAUUCCGUCAAGACCGACAGCCCAGGGGCGAUAUCUAUAACCCCAUUAAAUGUUGGAACGGGAGACUUCAUCGGCACGGUCAUUCUUAACAGCGUCACUUAUAGCUGGAAGACUGGGAGCAGCAAUCGAGUGAUUUUGCAGAACGAAUACACCUCUACCUGGGUAACUAUCAAUGAUACGACUUCUACAAUCGACUCGCAAGUGCUCAGCACCGCACUCGUUGGGAUGGAGAACCCUCAUCCUACUGUCAGCGCCGGCGAUACUUCAGCCCCACCUGCUGAUUCGAUAGCGAGCGGGACACAGACGACCUCUUCAUUGGACAACCCCCACCGCAAGACGUCCCGAGCAGUUCAGCUCACGUCGGGAACAUCUACUUUCUUCAUUGCUGGGCUCUUGUUUGUGGUCAGCCUAUUCUAA